UCCAGGUUGGAGACCAGCUGGAGACCGUCUUUCUCCUGAGUGGGAAUGAUCCAGCCAUCCAUCUCUACAAGGAGAAUGAGGAACUACAUCAAUUUGAGGAGCAGCCCGUGGAAAACCUCUUCCCAGAGCUCACGAACCUGACUAGUAGUGUCCUCUGGCUUGAUGUCCGAAACCUGCCUGGCUCAUCCCGGCGGCUCUCAGCUCUGGGCUGCCAGAGUGGUUACGUGCGCGUGGCUCACGUCGACCAGAAGAAUCGAGAGAUCUUGCAGACAUGGACAGUUCUGCAGGAUGGGCCCAUCUCCCGAGUGAUCGUGUUCAGCCUGUCCAGCCCCGACGGGACCUUCUGAACCAGGGCCUGGAAGACCAACUUCUCCUGCCCAGCAGCGACCAGUUCGACAGUGUCCUCUGUGGCCUGGUCACUGACGUGGACCUAGAUGGACAACCAGAAGUGCUGGUGGCCACCUAUGGACAGGAACUGCUCUGCUAUAAGUACCUAGGACCUUUGCCAGCCCCCUGCUGGCCAUGGCCCAUGUGGACCUGACUGGGGAUGGGCUGCGGGAGCUGGCUGUGGUGUCCCUGAAAGGGGUGCACAUCCUCCAGCACAGCCUGAUCCAGGCCUCGGAGCUGGUCUUGACCCGGCUUCGUCGGCAUGUGGAGCAGAGGAAACAUCGGCAGGGCCUUGGGGACAGAGUGGGCCCCAGGCCUGAGGAGCCCCCAGCCUCCUGAGCACUCCCUCUUCUCAGGCCUGGGCAUCUCAGAAAAGGAGUGCUUCCCUGGGACUCAGGGAUGCUGGGAGUCCCUGACCCACCCUGGUGUGCUGUGCAAUCCUGGCCGACUAUUUAUACAAGCAGAGCAACAAAGCUGUCCUGGCCGUCUUCAUUUCCUUUGCCUGGCAAGCAUCUAUUGAGCACUUACUGUAUGCCAAGUUCUGCUGAAUUCGCUCCCGAAGAACUGAGGAGGGGAACUCCACAGUGAGAGUCCCAGAUUCGACCCAGAGGAAAGGAAGGGAGUUACAAUGGAGGAGGCGAGGGGUUGGCUUGCAUUUUUUGAGAGCUGUGGAGCCUUUCUCUGCCCUGGUGAGCUAAACUCGCUUCUGGGUUCAUUGUCUCCACCUAGGACGGAGCACAGAUGCAGCCAUCAACAGUGACAGGGAAGUGAGAACUCUGAUGGGGGUGGGGGGUUGGACGCUGGUGGUCUCCUGGGAAACCCAUGGAGACUGAGGGAAUUGGGCUGCUUUUCAGCAUCUCUGGUUAAGUAGUAAGGAGUCUGCAGAGUCCCUCAACCCAGAGGUAGAAAUGGUCAGGUUACUGUUCCAAUGGGAGGGGGAGGGGAGUCUCAAAAAAAAAAAAAAAGGGAU